AUGAAGCUGAAGUUCUGUGUAGCUAGUAUCCACAUUUGGGGGUGUUUAAUCAGAGCUGAUGAUGAUUACAACAGAAGAAUUCGGAAUGGAAUUAGAGGUAUUUCGGAAGAGACAACCACUGGAGUUCACAACCUGUACAAGAUGAAGGCCAAUGGGACCCUGAAAGUGCCAGCUAUCAAUGUUAAUGAUUCUGUCACCAAGAGCAAGUUUGAUAACCUGUAUGGCUGCAGGGAGUCCCUCAUUGAUGGCAUUAAGCGUGCCACAGAUGUGAUGAUAGCUGGGAAGGUGGCAGUGGUGGCAGGGUACGGUGACGUGGGCAAGGGCUGUGCUCAGGCCCUGCGCAGCUUUGGCGCCAGAGUCAUCAUCACUGAGAUCGACCCCAUCAACGCCCUGCAGGCAGCCAUGGAAGGUUAUGAAGUUACAACCAUGGAGGAGGCCUGCAAAGAGGGCAAUAUCUUUGUCACCACCACUGGCUGCACAGACAUUGUGCAGGGCAGGCACUUUGAGCAGAUGAAGGAUGAUGCCAUAGUGUGUAAUAUUGGCCAUUUUGAUGUGGAAGUUGAUGCCAAGUGGCUGAAUGACAAUGCAGUGGAGGCAGUGAAUGUUAAACCUCAGGUGGAUCGCUACACCCUGAGGAACGGCCGACACAUCAUCCUGCUGGCUGAGGGACGCCUGGUCAACCUGGGCUGUGCCAUGGGCCACCCCAGCUUUGUCAUGAGCAACUCCUUCACCAACCAGGUGCUGGCACAGAUUGAGCUCUGGACCCACAGUGAUAAAUAUGCUGUUGGAGUCCAUUUUCUGCCAAAGAAGCUGGAUGAAGCUGUGGCUGCUGCUCAUCUGGACAAACUGAGUGUGAAGCUGACAAAGUUGAGUGACAAGCAGGCCAAAUACCUGGGCCUCUCCAGAGAUGGGCCCUUCAAGCCAGAUCACUACAGAUACUGAGCAAGUGUCACUACCCAAAGACCAAAGCGCAGGGAUACAACCUUCCAAAGCUCCGGUGUGUGCUGGGCUUCUGUGGACAAGCCCUUUGCCAUAUUCCUCAGUGCUGCACAUCCCCUCCCCUUACCAAAGGAGCUUCAGGGCCUUGUUAGUGGAAGAGGAUCACUGACUCCUGGAAUUAGAGCUGGUCACAGA